GAAAACAACUUGCUGGCACCGCCUGCCACAUUCACAGCAGAUCUCAGCAAUUUAUCGCAUCGUCGCAUCUAACCCUAAACUGUCUCUAAGUGGCUCAGCCGGGCAGGGUAUUUACAUUGUGCCUGCAGCGCUGACUUCUCACAGAGGGAGUUGCUUCACCACUGAUGCUGGGGAGAUAAAUCCGUUAUCUCCCAUCUUCUCUUAUCGCCAUCUCUUCUUUCCCCCCCACCUUGCGCAAGUGAGUCGACACCGGUGGCUUAUUGGACGCGCUGGAUGGCUGCUGCGCUUAGCGAACCGGUGUGAAUCUUCUUUUCUUUUCAUCGUCCUCACCUUCCUCUGCCUCUGAGACUGAAAAACUAAACAACAAACCGCAGCAACAAUGACAGACCAGACGCCCCAGGAGUCCUACCCUGUCCCGGAGCCGACUGUUGUGGAUCCCUGCCCGGCCACGGUGCGGAACGGCCAGUGCGCCCCGGAUGGCUUCACCAACCACAGCCACCAGCAAACCAAAACCCCCACCGAGCCGGAGUCCUUCACCAUGGGCCAGGAGAUGAAAAUCACAGAUAGUGUGGAGGGAGAAGGUCUUCUGGAGAGCAGCAUGCGCCUGAAGCCCCACGAGGCUCAGAACUACAGGAAGAAGGCACUCUGGGUGUCCUGGACCUCCAUCGUCGUCACGCUUAUACUGGCUGUGGCAGCUUUCACUGUAUCAUUCAUGAGACACAGCGCGUCAGCCUUUGGAUUUGCCUUUGAUGCCACGCUGGACGUCCUGUCAUCAGUCAUUGUCCUCUGGCGCUACAGCAAUGCAGCAGCUGUGCACUCUGCACACAGAGAGUAUAUAGCAUGUGUCAUCCUUGGGGUUGUGUUUGUUCUCUCCUCCCUGUGUAUCCUUGGAAAGGCCAUCCACAAUCUGGCUACCGGGAUGCCGCCAGAAGUGGAUGACUUCCUCUUCAGCGUGUCCAUAGUGAGUGGGCUCACAUGUGCUGUGUUGGCUGUGGCCAAGUUCAUGCUGGGAAGAGUGCUGACUAGUCGGGCACUUAUCACUGAUGGGUUUAACUCUAUGGUUGGAGCUGUCAUGGGAUUUUCAAUUCUGAUCAGCGCUGAAGUCUUCAAGCACCACCCAGACGUCUGGUUUCUGGACGGCACCAUGGGAGUUCUAAUUGGACUCAUCAUUUUGGCAUAUGGGGUCAAGCUCCUGAAGGACAUGGUGCCUCGUGUCAGACAGACGAGGAACUACGAACGCUUUGAAUGAGAGAUGUGUGUGUUGUCCAGAUGAGCAGGUUCAGACACAAACACACACACACCCACACACCUGGGUGCCUCCUGCCCUCUUCUCUCUGUCUUUCAUACACACUUACACCCACAUUUCAUCUGCACAUUCACUGGGAAGCUUGUUCCCAGACAUACAAACAUGUGAAUAUACUGUAUAUACAUAUAUAUGCAUAUGUUGUAUAUAGUGUACAUAGUACAUUCAGAGAUUCAUACAUGUAACACGCAUACACACAUCUGAGCGGCUCCGAGAGAAAAGGACACGAUUGAAGACCUACUGGAAAGAAAGCACUUCAGUUAAAGAUUUUCUUACUUUUCUUCCCUUUCACUUUUUGUUUAUUAAUGCACCAGUUUAGAAAGUUUUACCCAGAAAGAAAAAGGCUAAAGGGGUGACCAAAACAGAAGAAAUGCUCAAGAACUGCUCUGGAUUUGUUCAAGCGGGAUAGACAUUAACUGCUGCUAAGAUGACUCCAUUCACGCCAUCACAGAUUUGAAAUCAAAAUGUAAAAAAAUGGUGUAGCUUUUACUGAUAUUAGCCAAAAAUAAAAUGUGUUUGUUUUCACAAUGCCAUUUCCAUCAUAAAUGAGCUAUUUAACAGCUUUUUGUUUUUUAAUGCCUCAGUACCGAUUCAGCAUCGCCAACUAAUUAAUUCACUUGUUUAUAUUUCAUUUCUAGUUAUUGUCAAGCACAGGUGUUUCCUUUGGGGGCGGGGGAGAAAAAAAGGAGUUCCUAUAAAAACCUCACCAGCCUCCUCACAUCAGUGCAGCCUCUCUACCUCCUAGUUUGAGAGAGAGGAAGGAGAAAUCAGAAAGACUAUAAAGUAUAUAAGCAGUGCUGAGUCAGCAAACGCUGCUUCCUCUGAAAAGCACCAGCGAACUCAGUGCGGCCAGCCUUGAUCUGUACACUCUAUAUCUAAAGUUAACCAGAGAUAGAGAGGACAGGAGGCACUGAGGACAAACACUUGCCAUCUAACGAACUGUACAAAUCUGAAAUUAUUUAUAUUACAUUGCUGCUGCACUGUAUGUGAUGUGCCCAAGCACAACUUUAGGAGCAAACCUUCCCUCUUACACUGCUGUUUGUUGCUUAUAGAUAACCACAGAGCCCAUUUCUACACAAGUAGCUAAAAUAUAAAAUGAGAAAUUCUUUCAGGGUAUUUAGCCUGUUCUUGUCUUAACUACUGUAUCCGACCCUGUUUAAUUGCCAUAUAUUGUACAUUUCUUUUGUUCUGUUUGCAGCAGUCUCACUGAAAUCUCACUUUUGCCAUUUACUUGAAAAUGUUUUCCAGGCAAUAGCUAGCGACUCGAGAAUAGUAAUAAAGUUUUUGUAAAGGUAAGAUUCCUAUACCAUGUGCAAUAUUCAUAUUGUUCAUCGUUUUCUUAAAGAAUGUUGUACUGAGCUGGGAUAUUUAUUACUUUUAUUCAUAUCAUUUUAUUCAUAGUUGCUCAUUUUUUCCUCAUUUUGACUGAAAAUUUGACAUAGGAAGGAUAAAACCUGAGAUGAAUCUAAGCACAAUGACAACGCUAAAGCAGCCUGUAGGAAUAUCAUUUGCAGAGGCAGUGUUUUCUCUGUCUGCUGACCUGCUUGUUACUCAUUUGUUCUGCAUGUUUCCAUCGUCAUCUUGCAUUAUUAUGUGCGAUGAACAGAAUGUAAAUACAAAGCACACAGUCUGUAAAUAUGUUUAUUACACUGUUUGGGUGCAUAAGUAACAAAAGUCACAAGUAGUCAUAAUGCUCUAUGGCUGACAUGGGAGUAGACAGCAUAUAGUUAAAGUGCAGACUGAUCAAUGUUGCGUAUAGUUAAAACUCUGUAGUGUGCAUAUUCUGUAAAUGUUGUUUUACAUAUUACUGUAGAUUAAUGGUGAAAUGAAAUGAAAAGUCUUACUGUAAGUGAAAAUCUCUGAGUUGACGUAGGUGUGAUCUGACAGCGCUGUCCAAGGCUUAGCUGUAUUUUAGAUUACUUUAAAAUUUAAAAAGAAAAAAAAGAACAUUUUAAAAAUUUGGGUUAUAACUGGCUACAGCUACAAAUGAUCUUCUGGCACAAACCAGUAUUAGUUUUACUGAACUUUACUGUGGAUGCCAUGAGCUCAGAUGUGAGAUCACCUGUAAUAUUUUUAAAGCAAACUAAGGAUUUGAAAAUCACAAAGAGGAAAAUUAUCAGUGAUCAUUUCGGAGGAUACUUUUGUAUAACAGAAGUACCAGGAUUUGCAGUAAGAUUCAUACAGUACUAAAUAAACUUCUAGAAAUAAUGCAUAGAUGCUGUGUUAGACAUAAAUUGACCACCUGUGACAACAAAUUUUCACACUCUCAGUUGAAUGAAUUAAACUGAACUGGUCCACUGAAUGUGGAUCCAUAAUGCAACUGAGCCCCCUUGUGGUUGUCUGAUGACAAUAGUGUUAAUUAAUAUUCAGAUGUCUGGUUCCAAAAAGAGAGAGUCUAAAUUUAUCCCCAACAGGAGACAGUUACAAAGCCUUGGGCAGCGGCUGUGAAGAGGCCUACAUCCACUCUACACUGUAAUUAUUAACUCUGACUCCACAUACUGGACAAGGUGUGAACUUCUUGGUAUUAUUUUUAGUUUCAUUGUGUGAAGAAAAUGAAUUAGUUGUAAACUGAAGGUGCGAUUCACCUCGCACCACUUCAACUCACCAACAGCACACUGAUUUGUAACGUUUCCCCCCUCUUUAAUGCAUAGAAGACAAUCUUUACAAUGACUUCUACUAGCGAAGCACAGUGUUUACAUGCUGAGACCACCACGUAAGGCACAGAACAAACUCAUUCUAGCUCAGUCUUCGGUAUGGUAUGCUUUGCUGUAGCUCUGUUGCUCAUAUAGUAAACUACUGUGUCAGAUCAACUAGAGGCUAUUUUGAUCUUUGUAACAAAAUCCUUUCUACCUCUCCUCUUUGCACUUUGUUUUGUUUCCAUGUGACUUCUCUCGUGCACAUUCAUGCUUGUGAAAAUUUAGGCCAGGUGCUGCUUCCAUAGCCCUGUCGCUCUUAUACUCCUUAGUAAUGCGUUAGUGCAACAACUAAAUGCCAAAAAAAAUAAGGUAAAAUGUGACUGUAAUCCCAUGAUCGCUACAGUUUGUAUUUAAUUCAUCUUAAAUGUGAUUUAUUUUUUUUCCCCUCUCUUUUUGCUUCUCUUUAAACACAAUUCAAGGUUUGUGGAAAAAGGAGCCCUGAAUGGUGUAUUUUCUGUUAUGUUGUUCAAUUAAACCUGUGACUAAUUGGCAAGUGGGAAAAUAUCUGAAACUUUUCAUUAUUUCACUGAAACAGCUCAGAAACAUGUUCAAUUCUGUAGCGUGAUGAAUUGUGCCAAAUCACUGAGACCGUUUGUCAGCUCUUCUGAAAUGCGUGUAUCAUUCUGGUGUGCCUGUAAUGAUGAAUGGACUCCCCAUUAACACCCUAGAAAAGGCAUCCGACCAUCCAUUCUACCAAAUUUCACAAAAUUAUGAUAGCAAUACUAAUCAUUUCUCUGUUGCUGUAGGCUUUGCAUGGGCUUGUAAAAACCCUGACAGUUUCAUUGGUAACAAAUGCAUUGCAGUCACACACACUGACACAUGCACACAUGCAUACAAAACACAGAUGGAAAUACUGUAUGUAACUAAAUUUACAAUACAUCUGACUAUGUAACAGAAUUAUUAUUUGUCUGUUUGUACAGUAAUGACAUCAGUGGUAUUACAGAUGAUGUAAACGCCAUUUAUUUAUGUAAAAGACCAAUAAUGAGAUAUCUCUUUGUCAAAGAGAAAAGUUUUAUUGAUUAAUAAAGUUUUAUCCUGCUUAAUCAUCAA